AAAGUUUGAAGGUGAAACGAGGCAGUUAUGUGUGUAUCAGCAAAAUGCAAAUAAUACAAAUAUAAUAUUUUCGAAACUAAUUUAAAUGAAGAUUAAGACUAAUUCUGUUAUUAUUAUUAACAUAUAAUCUAAAAUUAAUACGAAGUCAACAGACCGAGAAGUUGAUAAAUUGAUAAGCAGAUAGCAUAGACAUCAUUGUGUUAAGCCCUAGUUUAAUAUAGAAAGUCUUGAAACAUUCGUGGCAGAAUCAACAAUGUCUUCAAUUCACAUUUUCAAUGUUGAAAUGACUUGCGAAGGGUGCUCAGGAGCUGUGGAAAGGGUUUUGAACCGACUGAAAGGCCAGGGUGUUGAAGAUGUGUCUAUAAGUUUACCAGAGCAAAAGGUGUCUGUUACUUCUAGUCUAAGUUCUGACCAGUUACUUGAAGUAAUAAAGAAAACUGGGAAAAAAACAACCUAUGUUGGCAAGCAAUAGAUAACAUUAAGCCAUCAAAUAUGGAAAAAAAACAGGUUCACCAGUCAAUGUUAAGUUUUUUGUUAAAAUAGAUCAUUUGAAUUA